AGCGGCAAUAAAACAGAGUUGAAAGUGUGACUGUGGUGACUGUUUUAUAUAAAAUCCGUAAUUUUUUGGUUGUUUCCGAAGAUGACUGCUAUUCUUAAUGUGGUAAAAGAAGACGAAGUGUCUGUUAAUCCUCUGUUAAGUAUGUAUGAGUUCCAUUGUCCAGAGAUCUUUGUGUGGAUUUAUCUAUUUUAAUAGCAUUUGAUAGAGAUUUGUGUGUUAGUGAGACUGUUGCUGACUGUAUAGAGAGCUGUUGGGAGAGUAUGUUCAAUUAUCAUAUAUAAUCGUCCAAUGAUUACAAGUAAUUCUUAAAUGUUGGACAACAUAAAAAUGUUAAACAACAACUUGAUUUAUAAUUCAGGGCUCAAAAUAACAUUUCAUGUUACGCCGGUCAUGGUGACCGGUCAAAUGUGAUUUCUGACUGGUCAACUCCCAUGAGACCCCAUGAAUACUUGCCUCCCUGCAGCACAUUGCUCACUCAAUGUUGACACCAAGAUGCACACAGUAUAAUGAUAACACAAUUAAAGUUUUAAAUAAACUUUGUCAUAUCUUAAUUUUGUCAUAUAUAUCUAGGCGUAAAAAAAAAUACCUGUGGUUCCGGUUUCAUAUCGUGAAAAAAUUAGGGUCGGUAGGUCGGAAAUAAUUUUUUUUUUUUAAUAUUUUUUUCAUGGUUUUAGCGGUUUUUUGCUGGGCGAUUUGCAGUAGAGUCCCGACAUCAAUAUUAACUAGAGAUGCGUAUUUCCUAUGGACGAAUUUAGGCAAUUUGGUUCAAUAAUUAGUGUGACAACAGACGCCAUUUUGGCACGCUGUAUGAGCAGCCCGCAACCACCUGGAGAAAAUAAGGUCGUACGGUCAAUCGCGCUGAAAAAAUAAUAGGGUCGGCAGAAAAAAAAUAGGGUCGGUCGGGAACCGGAACCACAGGUAUUUUUUUUUUACGCCCUAUUAUAAAUUAUCUGAUCAGCAGUUGGCAUAAGAAAUUCAACUUAAAUUUGAAGAAAAUCCUUACAUAAUAUUUAACUGGUCCACAACAGCACAAGAAUCGAUCUCGUUCCCACAGCCAAAAUGUGGUUGGUCACAUUUGGCCCAUCAUUGACCAGCCGUUAUUUUGAGCCCUGUAAUUAUUGCCUUGUUUGUGUUUUACAUGCAAGAAGAAUUGGACAAUUCAAAUAAAGUCACUUGAUACUCGAAAAACAAAUGAGGCACAUGACAAAAUACGCCCCUUGAUGAGUCAAGGCACAUGCGGAGGCACACAUGUGCAUGAUCGCUUGCCUCAAACGGCCAGGUCUGAGUAUGUUGGCUUUGUUUAACCUGUUGAGUCGCAUUUACUCUGUUUAACUCUCUUCUCAGAGAAACCUCUGCCUGUCUCAUCAACACUUUGUGAUGUACAAUACCAAUCAUCCAACGUUUGGAUAAAUAAACUGGUUGUAGCCAGUUAUGACCAGUUUUUAAAACAGACGCAUGUGCUGAAUAUAAAUUGUUGGCCAUUAUAUGCGCCCACCUCACUUCAAAACAUUGCAGCCAUUUAAAAUGUUUCUGGCAAGCAAUUGCCUUAGUUUUUUUAACAAAUAUCUAGUCUUAUACAGCGCUGUUCCUCAUGAUAAUUCACAAAUAGAUUUUAUUAAACAAAGAGUUUAUUUCACUCCUAACAAUGUUUUCCUCACUGGACGCCCUUUCGGACACAUAUAAUAUUCCUGUGUUGUCUUGUAUUAUGAAAUGUCAAUUACUUCAUAGAUAUCGGGUAUGUUGUUGUUUUGAAGUCAGAAAUAUGCAUGAAAUAUAAUUGCAUGGAAAAUAAAGUAUUGAAUCAGAUAUAAAACAGAGCUAUGCAAUUGUUGGGAAAAUUUAAAGCUGCAUUUGGUGGGUAAUCCAAGUGAGCAUUAUAUAGUACGCAAUUUAAGACCUAACCAGGAAUGGUUGCGAAAAAUGCAACAUUAGGUCCUUUGGCAGGAAUCCAACCUGCGGCCCUGCGAUUCAACUUUAUUAAUAAAAUAAUAUUUUUAUUGCGGUGCAGUGCUCUAAACAACUGAGCUACUGAGGCCAGUUGUCGAGCUGUAAAAUUAAUGCAAGUUCAUGUAUAUAUAUACAGUACUUAUACUGUAGAUUUGUUGCCUGGCUGUAACCACAAGUUCAUCUAUAAUACAGUAGAUUUAUCUAUGUAUACCCUGUACAUGAACUUGCAAUUACAGCACAACAACUGGCCUCUGUAGCUCAGUUGGUUAGAGCGCUUCACCAGAAUCACAGGGCCACAUGCUCAAUUCCUAGCGUUCUUGGUAUUUCUAGCAUUCUUAAUGUUUCUAGCAUUCUUGAUGUUCCUAGCGUGCUUGGUGUUUCCAGUGUUCUUAGUGUUUCUAGCAUUCUUGAUGUUCCUAGCGUGCUUGGUGUUUCCAGUGUUCUUAGUGUUUCUAGCAUUCUUGAUGUUACUAGCGUGCUUGGUGUUCCUUGCAUUUUUGGUGUUUCUAGCAUUCUUGGUAUUUCUAGUAUUCUUGGUAUUUCUAGUAUUCUUGGUAUUUCUAGUGUUCUUGGUGUUCCUAGCAUUCUUGGUGUUCCUAGCGUUUUUAGUGUUUCCAGUGUUCUUGGUGUUUCUAGUGUUCUUGGUGUUUCUAGUAUUUUUGGUGUUUCCAGUGUUCUUGGACAGCUAGUGUUUCUAAUGUUCUUGGUGUUCCUAGCGUUUUUGGUGUUUCCAGUGUUCUUGGUGUUUCUAGUGUUCUUGGUGUUUCUAGUGUUUUUGGUGUUUCCAAGUGUUCUUGGUGUUUCUAGUGUUCUUGGUGUUUCUAGUGUUUUUGGUGUUUCCAAGUGUUCUUGGUGUUUCUAGUGUUCUUGGUGUUUCUAGUGUUCUUGGUGUUUCUAGUGUUCUUGGUGUUUCUAGUGUUCUUGGUGUUUCUAGUGUUUUUGGUGUUUCCAGUGUUCUUGGUGUUUCUAGUGUUCUUGGUGUUCCUAGCGUUUUUGGUGUUUCCAGUUUUCUUGGUGUUUCUAGCGUUCUUGGUGUUUCUAGUGUUUUUGGUGUUUCCAGUGUUCUUGGUGUUUCUAGUGUUCUUUGUGUUCCUAGCGUUCUUGGUGUUCCUAGCGUUUGUGGUGUUUCUAGCAUUCUUGAUGUUCCUAGCGUGCUUGGUGUUCCUUGCAUUCUUGGUGUUUUUAGCAUUCUUGGUGUUUUUAGCAUUCUUGGUGUUUUUAGCAUUCUUGGUGUUUCUAGCGUGUUUGGUGUUUCUAGCGUUCUGGUUGUUCCUGUCAUUUCUGCCGUUCUCGCAUGUCCUACCUUUGUUGGUUUUUCUAACUACUGUAAAUAAAUUACAAUAUUACGGAACAGUAACUUGGUUGAAUAAGUAUUUAGUAAUUAGUACUCGAUUUCUACAGCCGUAUCUCGUACCCUUAGGUGAUAUAUACUGUACAGUACGUAUACAGUAUGAUACAGAUAACUGUUUGAAACACAGUUGAAAAUUUUAAAUUCUAGUUCAGUUUACCAAUGGUGACGUAAAUACGGAGAGUAAUGAUCAUCUCAAGUUUACACUUUAUAAGAGUUCAAACACUGAAGAUGUAAGAAAAAAAUUCAGGAGGACAUUGGUGAGUAUCACAGGUUAAAGUUAGUAGGGUCAAAGCCUUACGUCCCGUGACCAACCUUCGGCUAGUAAAGUUUUAUGAUUUAUUUUCAUUAUUUAGGGUAUUUAUGACAAAAUAAGAUUCCAUGCCGGUCUUCAAAAUCUGGGCAAAAGUCUGCAGAGCAAAAAAAUUAAAAAUUAGAACUGGCGGCCAUUUUGAAUAAAUUAUUUUUUAGCGAAUGUCAUAGUCUUGUCAAAAAUACUUAUUUCUAUACUUUUAAAUCAAAGUUUGUCAUAAAACAGGCAUCAGGAGCCAAUUUAAUGCAAAACCCGAGAAAAAGUGAUUAUAUAAAUGAUAUUUUUAACAAAGGGUAUGAUGUCAUCAAAAUACUUAUUGUAAUAAUAAUAGAAUAACAUAAUUCGUGGGAAAGAAAUUACUUUCUGCAGCUAUUCUCAAUUCAAGCAUACGAAAACAAAGAAUCGGUAACAAAAUUUAAUGUUUAUAUGCCAGAUCGUUUUACAAAAAGAUACAUGAGCUUUGCAAACAAUCAGUCAACUCAGUCCUCUUCAUCUGAUGAGGUGUCCAAAUCAGAGUCUAUCACGUCGGAAAACUCAGAAUCAAUCUCUGAGUCAUGUGGAGGUAAAGUGUUGGAUAAGGUAAGAGGAAGCGGAGGUUGCGUGUGUCUCACUGGUUUACAACACCCAUCGAUGAGUUCCCAACCGUGACCAGCAGGUGAGGGAUGAGUUCUUAGUUCAGGAUGACGUUGGAUGUAGGCCAAGUAAUUAGCUCGGAGAAUGUGCUGCUUUAGAUUGUCCGAGUCGGGUGGAAGACGCAUCAAGGAUUUGUUCUUUUGCCCUUUCCACUUAGCUGCUCUGGUAAUAUCCAGAGAAGAACUAUGUACACCACCGUAUACAAACCGUGUGACAUAAGAUACGAGGUCAUUUAGAACAUCUUCUUUUAAAGGAAGGCUCUCCCCACAGCUUGAAAGAAGUCUGCGGCACUCAACACUCUUUACCAUUUUGUCAUAGAGGGUCGAUUUACCAUGACCAUAAAAGCAGCUAUUUGCAUCACAGCCAGUCAUGACAUGGAAUUGGAUAAGACAUUUAGCGAUGUCCUCGUCAGCACACAUGCCUCUGCAGAAAAGCAAUUCCUUCUUUUUCUUGAUGCAGAUUAUACCAGGAACAUCGUGCGAAAUGGCAGCUGCCUGUAUGUAUAGACAUCUGUGUCCGCUGCAUCUAUGAUCACAGGGUCAUUGUAACCAGACGCCCUCAGAGCUGUGUAAAAUGACAGUAUGAUGGUGUCAGCCUCGCACUGAUCGAAGGCAAGGUCUUGUUGAAUACUACCAGAUGAGAGAUUUACACAUUCUACGCCAACUGAAUAGAGCAGGACUUGAUUGAUUGACUGGAUAACUUUAGAUAGUUGAGACUUAAUAAGUGCCUGCAGACGUCUCUUAUUCCCGGAACUGCAGAGAAAGGUCUUAAAACCUCGUGCUGAUGGAAACUUGCCAGUUGAUUUCAUAUACACAUUGGGAAUAUGACCUUGCCCCUGGAUACGCGACUCACGCUCGUCAUCUUUGAUGGAUUCAACGUCGGAUCAUAUGGGUCGUUAAUGCAGAUAAUGGUAGUAGCGUCCACAUGGCGUGCAAGUAGCAUGCUGGUAACUUUGUCGGUGUAGUCACCCCAGGUAUAAGUAGACCCAUUGUUCUUUUCUCGGCCCUCCAUAGUGGGAGAUGCAAGUCGCCAGAUCAUCCCCAUGUCAACCAGCGCGGUGUAAGAUGAGACAUCAAUUGGCUCUUAUGUCAGUUUCUGGAGUACCUUGCUCUUCUGUGUCUUCCUGAAGGUACCAUUAACAUUGAAUAGCGUGAGACACCCCUCAGUUAUGCGGUAUUUCAUUACAUCAGAAAGCAUCAUCAAGCCGCUGACAUCAACAAGAUUAACUACAGACGCCAAAGCUCUGUUUUCCAUUUCUCCCUGUUUAACUUUAAGGACUUCGCCAGUUUUGGUCGUUGGUGCUUUAGCGAAAGUGAGACGAGAGUGACGCUUGAUACGAUCAUACAGAGACUUUUCCUUCGAAUAAACACGCUCGUCCAUGAAUUCUUUCAAAUUUGCUUCACCAUCUUGUUUGGGCUGUCUGGAAAUCACGGAUCAUCUCAGUUGGAGCGGGAAUUGCUGAUUGCAAGGUUCGUAGAUUUGGUGAUGACACGUCAAAAGGGAAGCAAUCAAACUCCUUGAUGCAUGCAACGAGAUCCUGGACAGCUUGUUCGUCCUUGCACAUUCUUGUGGGAGCACACUCAGAAUGUUUUCGUGAUUUUUGCUUUCUGUUGUUUUGAUUGUGAACAGCGGUGCGAACUCGACCAAGAUUGUUGGCAUUUCUGAUGUCAGUCAUCAGCUGCUUCUCAUUACGGAGGAUUGACAGCCAACCAGCCUUUAACUUUGAGCCCUUGUUCAUGGUCAUCUCGAUCCACAUGUCCCAAGGGAUGCAUGAAUAUGGAUUACCUGUAAUAGACUGGGCGAAGUUUGAACUGAAGAACUGCGUUUGAUCCGGAGAUAGUGACGAAAGCAUAGCCCAAAAAUGUGGUAGCCAGCGGCCGUAGUGUGUCUGAUCGUAGAUCACCAUCCAAGGCAUCAUCUCUCGCAGAAAGGUGAGGAAUUCGUCCCAGUUGCACGUGUGAAUGGCAUACACAUUCAUCAUCAAAAUCUCGACCAUUGUCAUAAAGUCAAGCCAGUAGCAAGCCAUGUCUGUCUUCUCAAUCUUAUCAAACAUGUUGUUUAUAAGAGUAUCUACGGCUGGAUCAUUCUCAAGUUCCUUUUGAGCAGUAGCGAGGGAGUCCUGAGAGUUUGCCUUUGGAUCACGGAGUAUAGCAAGUCUAGUCAUCGUGGAAGCCUCAAGCUGCGAUUCCUCGUGGAACUGGUUUAGAAGGAGAUGCAUAAAUGACUCGUACAUUAGCAUUAGGCAACGCAGAGCUCGCUUAUAAUGCUUCCCUCUCAAAGCUUGAUCAACAGAACCUUCAGCAAUGACACCAGCAGCAACUAAAACAUCGGCUAUCUCACUUCCUUUAUGACGCUUAUAUAUGGCAUAGAUCAUAGAACCUUGAAUAUGGAAGGGACCAAGGAAUGGAAUGAUUUUCUCGAAUUUCUCUGGAUGUUCACUCUUGAUCUCAACGAGCAGUGUGUACACCGGUUGAUCUCAAACGACCACAGAUGGCAUGUUCUUUCUUUGAAUUGCUUUAUUAGCCUUUACCAGAACAUCGUUGAGAACCGCCUCUUUCGGAGGAUCUGGGUAUGUCAUGAAGUAGUAAGGUUUGCUCUUUUCUACGGAGGUUGAGAUCAAUGCUUGGAAGCUAGCAAAAGCAGGUACCAUUUGAUCAACGGUAGGAGGCCGCUCACCAGCAGCAUUAGCACGGACGAGUGUGUGAAUAACACACCGUUUUCUUUGAGGAACUGUACUCCCAACUUUAGGCUCUACUCUAACACUGACUGUCGGCUCUCCUCGCUUGUAGGUAACGUAACGAUCGUGUGUGUUCAUGCCCGUUGCGAUAUUCUUUAGGCGUGACGAAAGGGUUUUAGCAUUUUUGACACGUUCACCAGACUGAAUAUCAGGAUGUUCAAGAGAGACCGGUUGAACAUACAUUACGUUAGUACGAUGUGAUGUAUCACCACCAGUCAAUGUGUCAUUUUGAAAAUCAUCGUUGUCGACGACUAUGACUCCAGGUGUGUUUUCCGCAAUCUCGUUGGGGCACUCACUGCAGAGCUGGAUGUCAUGCACCGCCCAUGCGUCACGCAACAGAAGAACUGACGAGUAAUUAAUGCCAACACCACAUUUGUGGAAUGUGUCAACUAACUCCUUACUACGAGUAAGACCGUGCAAAUUCAUACUCAGGUUUACUGCAGUAGUUGUUGGACUCCCAGUGACAUAGUAGGUGAUCAUUGAAGCUAGAGCUCGGACUUUGGCAUCUUGCUCAACCUGACCAGGUUUUUUGAGUGAUGAGAUAAGUUGAACAAGAAGAGGUGGGAGAUUUUCCUCCUGCUCGAGCUCAACAACUUGUGGUGGCCAGGGAAUUGUUGUUGUUUGUUUGACUUCCUUCCUCAGUCUACUAGCCACGUUCUCUACUAGUUGUUCAUUGCUUAUUCCAAGUGAGCAGAUAGUGGACUCAAUGUAUGAAGCGCCACCUGCCGUAUCGUAGACAACCUCGCUCUGAUUCUUCUGAACACGUACAUGGAAACCUAUUCCCUCCCACUCCAAAUUCCCGUAAUAAUAUCUCCUUCAUGUAGCUCGAUUUCGCCCCGGUAGUUGGGAAGCCAUAAUUACCCACAAUGGUUUUAUAAUCAUGUAGCAGCCCUUGCAGGGUCCUUAUCUCAUGGUCCUCAAAAAUAACCCUACGAGCAUGAUCUAUAAACAUAGUCUGUGCCUCACGAAAUGUCACAUCGUUUACGAGAUUAUGCUGUUGUUCAACAGGAAUCUUUUGAUAGGCGCCAAUGUACUUAAGCCAACACUUAUGAUGGUAUCUGAUCUCAGUUGAAAAGGGGUCAGUUAUUGAAUCGAUAAGGCGGUUGAUCCUGUCUCUCAUGGCAUCAUCCUGAAGAACUACGGUGUGGCUUUUAAAGACAUUCCAUGCCGGUAUGUACGAAAUAAGAAGCCAUUUUCCCGUGCGCUCAGGAUGCUUGGUGUCUUCAGGUUUCAUACACCACACACAGAGAUUUUUGUCAUGUACGAUACCCACGCUCGAUCGGAGACAUUUUGGUGCAGGUCCUGCCAAGUCGUGAUCAUCUGGGCAUUCAUGAGAAGAUGAGUCUCUUUCACGUUUUUGUUGCCUGAUCUUUGCUCUAUUCAAUUUAUCUGAGCUAGAUAUGUCAAAACGACAAUUACCAUGCACAUGUUUACCACUGGGCCCCUGUUGCCAAUUCACAGUGUCAUACACAUUUCCGAACAUAUCAAGACCUUUCCAGUUAAAGGCUUUAAGUUUGAGUUUUUCCCAUGCUUCUUCACCUAAGUUGUCGAUUGCAUUUGAUGCAUCACACGGUUUUUGGCAUUGAAGAAGACAAGAAAACUGUGUUUUAGAAGUCAUAUUUUACAGUUUUCAAGAAAAACAUAAAGAAAACAGAUGGAAACAACACAUUACAUGUUAAAUUUGCAUAUUAUCCCGUCAUAUUUCCAUAAACAUGCAAAAUUAAUAUGGCUUCCUCAAUUAAUAUGGUAUGUACGUCAUGUAAUAUAAAUAUAGUUAGGUUAAAAAUGAAACACGUUUUCUUGGCGAAAUUUGGAUAUUUACUUCGGGGUUUUUAUUAAAUAGGCUCCUAAUGUUUGUUUUAUGACGAAAUUUUAUUGCAAAGCGCACAAAUAAGUAUUUUUGACAAGACCGAUACCAUUUACUAAAAACAUUAUUGAUUCAAAAUGGCCGCCGAUCCCAUUUUUUAAUUUUUCGCUCUGCAGAUUGUUGCCCAGAUUUUGAAGACCGGCAUGGAAGCUUAUUUUGUCAUAAAUACCCUAAAUAAUGAAAAUAAAUCAUAAAACUUUACUAGCCGGAGGUUGGUCACGGGAUGUAAGACUUUGACCCUACUAAGUAGUACUUUUCUGUAGACUAAGGAUUUGGCAAGAGAGUUUUUGUCGUAAACUGUAAGAGGAAUGAAAAAGUGAAUUAAUAUAUCUUACUACAGUGCAUUUUGAACAAUGUUCAAACAACUUUCAGCAAUUUCACUAUAUAGGAAAUAUCUUAAUUAAAGCAAUAAGUAAAGUAAGUAUAUCAUUAAUAAUGUUUUCACAUGUUGUGUAAGAAUAUAACGAAAAAACGUAAUAAAGAUUGAAAAAGCUGAUCAAAAUUCAAAAUUUCUUUAAUGUUUUAUAUUCUAAAUAAGUGAAGGUAACAAUUUACAGUAUGCUAUAUAGGUGCUGUAAUAAUUCUGUAAGAAUAUGUGAAAACACUAUACUUCUAGGUAGCUGAAACAAAUAGAAUGAAAUAUUCUGGCAGCAAUUUUGGAAUGGCAGCACGAUCAAGCUCAUUAUGCAAGUAAGUUUACCUCUGAAAGCUGUGGAUUGAAAGGGAU